CAUUGCGGCGGCCGCCGCGCAGCCGUAAAGCGGAGCCGCCCGCGACCCCCGCCCGGUACCCGCAGCUCCCCGGGAGGCACCGGCGGGGGAAGUGAGGGGCUGGGGGAGGCUGGCACCGCGCCCCUCCCGGCACCAUGGCACACCUGGGCCACAGAGUGGACUACCUGGCCGGCUUCUGCUGCCCGGUGGGGGGGCUGGUGGCGGGCAAGCCCCGCGUGCUGUGCCACGAGAACGAGAUCUACCUCUCCAACGGCAGCGAGUUCGUCUAUGUCUACGACCAGGAGGGAAAAGUGCUGAAGGCCGUGUACCGGUGCCCUGACCAGGUGUGGCACGUGGAGCUGCUGCCCCAGCCCCGGCAGCUCUACAUCCUCUGCGCCCACAGCGGCAUUUACUGCGUCUCCUUGGACCAGCAGGGCAGGUUAAUGGAGCAGACGGAUGGCGACGGCCAAGAAAGCAAUUGCCCUUCCGGCGUCUUCCCCGUGGACUCGGAUGCCUGCAUCUUCCCAGACUCCAGCCUGUGCAUGUUCACUCUGCUCAACAGCUUUGUCAUCACCUUGUCCCAGGCUCAUGGAAAAUGGUGGAUGAAACUGCAUGAGCUUCCUCGCCCUGAGCAAGAGAGUCCCCUGUACCGGCAGGUCAGCGAGGUGGGCUUCUGCCCUGGCCCCCAGACCAGGGAUGAAGAGGAUGGUCCCCCCUCCUGCUUCCUGCCCGUCCUGUGCUGCGCUUCAUCCCCCGGCACCCUGGAGUCUGGGGAGGAGCUGUGGUGCUCGGGGGGCUUCGUGCUGGAAGAGCCCCUCUUCAGCCUGCUCUUUGGGGUCGAUGCUGCCAUGCUGGAGUCUCCAAUGAUCCUCUGCGGCUUCCCAGAUGGACAGCUCUGCUCCGUGCCACUGAAGGCCCUCAGCUCUUCACCAGCUGUCGAUGGCUGCCACGAUGUUUCGAGCCAAGACCCCCCCGUGAAGAUCCUCCAUCAUUUGGAAGAGCCCAUCGUCUUCAUCGGGGCCUUGAGGACGGAGCGGAGGGCGGCGGAGGAAGCCGAGGACGAGCAGCUCUUCGGAGAGGCUGGCUGUGACUGCGUGGUGGCCGUGGGCCACUACGGGAAGAUGGUGGCCAUGAAGGCGGAUCAGCGGGAGGAGGCGACGGUGCCGGAGCUCAGGGAGUACUACCUGCGCGGGCCCAUCCUCUGCGCCGCCUGCGGCAGCGGCAGCCGCAUGUACUACAGCACGCACUCGGACAUCUCUGCCGUCGACCUGGACUGGGGCGGCGAUUCCUCUGACCCCGAGGACGCAGAGAGCUGCGCCGGGGUCCUGCCUCCCGUCCUCUCGCCGGCCAGUUUAAGUAUCUGUAGCGUUGUGGCUCUUUCCUUGUCGUCUCGGGCGUCAGAAGGUGAGUCGGAGCUGCUGGCCCUGUCUGCCAAAGGCCGACUGAUGAGCUGCGACUUGUGCAGCCCCGAGGACACUGACGUGGGGCUGACGCCUGCUGAGGCUGGCAGGAGGAUUAAGGAGCUGCUCUCCGGGAUAGGCAACACCUCGGAGAGAGUUUCCUUCCUGAAGAAGGCAGUGGACCAGAAGAACCGAGCCCUGGCCAGCCUGAACCAGGUGAUGAACGUGAGCGCGGCUUUGCUCUCCAGCCAGGAAGGCCAGAAGCCCAUCGCCUGCACCGUCACUGCCAACUGGAGCUGCCUCCUGCUCCAGGAUACUGUCACCAUCUCCUGUCUGCUGGAGAACUGCAGCGAGUACAGCCUGGAGGAGGGCUGGACCCUCUGUGUGCAGCUCCUGGCCAGCCCCUGUGCCUUAGAGGAGUCGUCGUCUGUGGAUUCAGCCACCACCUUCACCUUCCCCAUCAACCAGCUCCUCCCUGGGAACAAGAGAGAGCUGACGCUGCCCCUCGGCUCCGCUGCGGACACCAAGCUGGACCUGCCUCUGACCAUCUCCUGUGCUCUCUACUACAGUUUGCGGGAUAUUUUGGGCGGUGGCUCUGACUCCUCCGAGGCCCUGGACGAUCUCCUGCCAGAUGACUCACCCAUCCUCUCCCCGGACAGAGAGGGGAUCUGCCUGCCCCUCAGUGAAUGCACCAUUGACAUGCUCCAGUGCCUCCGUUUGGAGAGCAGCCUCCCUGGGCCAGACACUUCCCCACCAGCACCUGCUCCCUGUGCACCCCCAGACCCCGUGGAGACCUUCCUCAAGGUAUCCCAGGAACAGACUGAACCUGAGGAGGGGAAAACCAGCGAGCUGCCACACACCCCGGCAGAGGAAAAACUUCCCCCCUCAGCAGCCUCCAUCAGGGUGUCCUCAGAGCUGCUGAAAAAUGCACUGAAAACCUCCAGCUCAGAUGUCCCUCUGAGCUGUGCCACGCUGCGCUGGCUGCUGGCUGAGAACGCCGGGGCGGCGGCGCUGAGCGGCACGGAGGUGGCAUCGGUGCGUGGCGCGGCGCCGGACGGCGGGGACGUGCAGCUGCUUGUCCGAGAGGUGGCCAUGGAUGACCUCAGCCCAGCAGGCCCCAUCCAGGCUGUGGAGAUCCUGAUGGAGAGCCCGUCCCUGGCCCACACCUGCAGGAUGCACCACGCUGUCAUCCGGCGCAUCCAGGCACUGGUGCUGGAGCAGGCAGCCCAGGGCUCAGGACCCCCUGACCUCCGCAUGCAGUACCUGCGCCAGAUCCAGGCCAACCACGAGAUGCUGCUGAAGGAAGCGCAGACCCUGCAGGACCACCCACCCCUGGGUGAGGAGGGGACAGCCACAGCCGAGAAGCUCCUGCAGGUCUACCAGCAGCUGCGCAACCCCAGCCUGGUGCUGCUGUGAGCCGGGGGCAGCCAGCGUGCCUGGGGACCCUGAGCCCCGCCGGCCGGGGUGGGUGGGUGCCCACAGGGCAAGCAGUAGGGAGAGACCCCCCUCCCCAGGGAGGAGCUGGUGAGGGCAGGGAGGCCACAGCAGUGGUGGGGGGAGGGUGUGUGUGUGCGUUUUGUGGUUGUGUUGGCAGCACCGGAGGGUCUUGGGGUGCUGGUGGCAGAGCAGGGGCUUCUGGGCUGGCCCAGCCUUGGCCCUGCCACCUCCCCCAGCCCAGCCAUGCCCCCCGGGACACCCGCCAGGGUCGUGCUGUCUUGUGGAUCGUUCUUAGCCGUGGUAGUUUAGCACUCCCCACCACACCGUGCUGGCUGUGGGCUGUGCCCCCCGUGCCACCUCGCCUUUCAGGAUCAGGACAAACAGGGUGCUGUUCCAGGGUGCCCAGCGGGCGCCCGUCCCGGGGGAGCCCCGUUUUCUGCUGGGCAGGGGAGGGGGUUUGUCGUUCCCCCCUUUGUUUCUAUAAAUGACCUUGUAUCUCUGGCGGUGCAGCGCGGGGUGGCCCCCGCACCGCUCCAGUGUCUGUGAAUCUGUCGUCUGCCAUGAAAACCAUCGUUGUGCCGCUCA